GGGAGGUGUUGGUGGGGCAGGUUGUGUGACCCUGAAGGAAAUUCAUAUUAGUAUUUUAAUACUGUAAUAAGUCAGAAGGUGGCCAGAAUAUCAGUACCAGCUAAUAAAGAGCCAGCAAGAUGGAGAAUGAGAGAUUUGGAGUGAUUAGAGAUUCAAUGGAGAGUAACCAACUUCUGCAAAAGGCUGAACUUGGAAAGAUUAAGAAAAGAUGCUUCACGUUACCAGGCUCAGAUUUCACCUAUGGACUGAACAGCUUUUUAAAAGAAGGCGGAGUAGCUGCAGCAAUAGGUCAAUGGCAGACUAUGGACCCCAGAGCUCCAGCUCAACAAAGGAAACUACAACCCCACUAUGUAGCCCUAAACCGCGAAGCUGUGAAAUCUGGCCUGGUCACAGCUGCUGAACAUCAAGCAUACCGUAACACCCAUGAGAUCUGGCGUCCAGUCUACAAAGGGCAUCUUCACCAUCCUACUAUGACGUUCCCCCCUGGAACAACCUUCGGAAUAAGCACACGGCCUUCCACGCCCAUCUAUGACCUGAUGGAGAACAAAUAUCAACACUUGUGGAUAGAGCAUCAAAAAGAAGAACGUGAGCGACUUCGACUCAAGUCAAAGGAAAAGCUCAAGAAGGCAAGGAUGCAGGACAACCAUACUACAAUACUCAGGAGAUUCCAACCACGGGAAGACCCAGCCCCUUUGUGGCAGCUGCCUCGUUUUCAGAAGAUUGGACCUCAUCUUGAUACCUUUCCAAGCCAGGAGGCACGUCAAAAAGCUUUUAAUGCCCAGCACUCUGAUGGUAUCGCACGCAGGGGGCUCCGUUGCCAAGGCAUAUACAACAUCAGCUGAAAACUCAAGACAUACGACAAUAAAUAUUGAUUUAUCUUGAUUUUA